AUGGCCCUUUCGUCUGACAUACAUUUACCUCAACAGACGAGACAGGCCUGCAAACGCGAUGCUUGUAUUGACAAGUUCACACUCAAGCUCCAGAUGCUCCCUAAAACCUAUGGCAUGUCUGGGACUCGAGCUAUAGACUUUCCUAAGGUUCCGGAGAUUAAGAAACGAUGGCAUAACAGGAGGGACGGAUCCGAAGAGAGUAUGUUGAAUCAUUGUUUAUCCGGUAUUGUCGGAUUUUCCAACACUACUUCACUCACUCCUCUAUCGCGGGACAAGAAUAAAGGUGGUAACAGCGGAUCGGAGGCUCAGGGGCAUGAUGUGCUUCUGAGUCUCCGCGAGCUGAAAAAGGUUCCUGAAGUUGAACGAUCAUCUGCGUCUCUCGAUUGCUGUGGGAGCAUUCUUGUUGCCGAUGGCGAGAAGGAUGCAGAGACGAUGAAGCCUACCCUGCCAAGCGUUAGGGUUAGUUGGUCGCUGACAAGUAAUGUGGAUGCCAAGAACGUGGUCCUACCUUUGGGUAAAGUGAUGUCAGACUCUUCUACCUUAGCGCUUGAACGGAUGGGAGACCAGGAGGUCCUUCACCCUCAUUACCGGCACGCGGAAAAACUGGAUCCCAGCUAUUUAACUACCUCGUUCCAUCCAGCGGACUUGGGUAUUCUGAAAGCCAUCGGGCGCAUCCUGCUUCCCCAGUGUGGUAUCCGUGGCAUUUUCUGCUCGCAUGCCUAUGCGCACGCAUCAGAAAGUGCUCAAACAAACACUCUGCGGCAGAAAGGCUCCGAUGUGGUGUUGUACUCCGUUCUCAAAAUCUCUAGGGGCUGA